AUGUUGGGCUCUGGAUUUGUGUUUUUAGUGAUUCUGCUUCAAAAUUUGGAUCCACUAUUGGCCGUAAGGAUUCACUGCCAGAACAUAGAGCGUAUGCACGAGGAGAAUAUCCACCAUUGUUGCAAGCAUCCAGAUGGUCACAACGAUGUGACGGAGAGCUGCGCCUUGAAGACCAACUUUCGGCUGCCGUCGGCCGAUGAGGAAGCCGUUGAGGAUGUGACAGUCAAUCAGGUAAUGUCCGGCACCUGCUGGGCCAAGUGUGUCGUCGAUCACUACAAUCUUCUGGAGAACAAUACCCUUGACAUGGGCAAAGUCAGAUCCUACUACAAGAGAUACCACACUAUUGAUCCUGAAUACGAAGCUGAAAUGGUGAAUGCCUACGAAAAGUGUCACUCUAAAUCUGAGACGGCCUUGGAGCAAUUUCUAGCAAUGCCACUUGUGACGGAGUUUAUAAAAACCAAGAUGUGCAAACCCACUUCCAGCAUAAUAUUGUCCUGCGUGAUUUACAACUUUUUUCACAACUGCCCGAGGAGUCGUUGGGCCCACACUUCGGAGUGCGAGGAGACUCUAGCCUUUACAAAAAAAUGCAAGGAUGCCUUUACAACUAUGUGA